AUGGCGACGCCCGUCCGCGCGCGCCGGGCCUCGCGGAGCGAGUUCGCGACCCCGGUGAAGGCGGCAAAGCCAGCGGCACUGCAGGGGAUCCCGGAGUUGGCCAAGGAAGAGAAGGCCGGGUCGAGCAAAGAAGAGGAACGAGUUGAGCUAGUGAUCCACGACACUCCGGAGGGCCCCAUCUUCCACCUGGACGGGGAGACGUAUCGCGUCCUGGAUGUGCCAGCCUUGUGGGAGGUGGGCAUCAUUGAGACCAAGCCCCGCGCGUCCCGUUCCUUGGCAGAUCUCAAGCAAUCGCUGCGGGCCACGGAAGGCAACGAGGGCGACUGCGACAUGACGUGA